AGUCUGUGUAUGCAAAAUGUCGGCUACCAGAACUCUUUCACACGCUCAACGAGUGUUAAGAUUGUACAAAAAGUCUGUACGGCAUUUGGAAUCAUGGAUACCUGAUAGGCCAUCUUUUAGAUAUGAAGCAACGGUUCUCCGUGCAAGAUUUGAUGAACACAAAAAUGAGGCCAACAUGCAGAAAGCUGCACAGAUUUUACAAGCUGGAGAAGAAGAAUUCUGGGAGAAGCAACAUCCACAACCAUACAUAUUCAUUGAUUCAUUUGGAGGAACUAGAUAUGAGCGUAACAUACCUGCUCCAGAGUGGGUUCUGAACCACUGGCAUCCUAUUGAGAAGGCCCGAUAUCCCUAUUACUUUGCAAGGCGAGAGAAGCGGUUAGCGGAGGAGCAAGCACGAUGGGACCAACUGGUUGAGGAAGAAAGGCAGCUCAUAGCAGAAGGAAAACUUCCUCCCAAGGAAGCCCUUCCUUCAUGAUUGUUUUUAUCACUGCAAAAUAUAGCUUUAGAGUCAAUUUAGUUGUGUCUUUUGGAGGACAAGGUUUUUAUCUUAUAUUGUUGACAAUGUGAAUUUGAAUUACACUGUGCCAGUUUGAAACAAUUCUGAUAUUUUCACACAGUUGAUUCCAAAUCAACUAGAAUAUGUGUCUAGAACAUGUCUAGAAUACCUAUUUGUGUGAAAUGAUUUUAUCAUAGAAUGGGAAUAGCUUGUGUUCUCGUUCGUAUUCGUAAUUUCAUGAUAUGGAUAGCAGUGAUUUUAUAUAUCUAUACCUCUUUGUCAUAUAUUUAUUCAUUUGUCAUGGAUGAGUGAAACUUUUGACAUUUAAUGUUACCUCCAUUGUGCUAUGCUAUAAAAUAGUUCCCCACACCAUAUUUAAAAUAAAAAAUGUCAUGCAAUAUGUCUUACAGUGGAGGAAGUGUGACAGUGAUUUGAUUUUACAUUAACUGAUGGAAUAUAUUUCAGGUUCAAGACUGAAUAAAGAUAAACCUUGUCCUUGCUGUACAGAAUAUGUGAAAUUAAAGAUGAUAAUUAACAAAUGAAUGAAACAGUGUAUCAGACGAAUUAAUUGAUGUGAUAACCAGAAGUUGUUCUUGUUUGUAGAAUCUCAGUAUCAGAAGGUCAUUGAAUCUCCAAAAUUGAUUUGUUGUAGAAAAUUAUAAAGAGAGCUGGAAUUAGGAAUUCAACGUCAUAUCAUGGCUGUGUGACCUUAAGCAUUACAAUGAAUAUUUGCAGUCCAUUGGUUGUCGUUGUAUUCAUGUACAGUUCUAUAGGAUAGCAUACUAAAGAGAUGAUGGACUGCAAAUAUUGAUCGUAUCUUUUAAGGUUACAUGGUCCUGGGACCUUUAACAUCAAAUAAAAUCUAAAAUUCAUUGUAUUUGAUGUAAGUUCUCAGGAGGGGUUUUUCAUAAAGCAGUCUGUAGAGUUACAGAUAACUUAAUGGCUGGACCAUGUUCACUUGCUAAAUGAGAUACCCUAAUAUUUCCCCAGGUGUUCUUGUAACCAUUGAUUACAUUUUAAAAGAAUGGUAUUUAGAAAUGAAAAUAUAAAAUUGAAAUGCUUGUUCGUAACAAGUAUAUCUAUCUCCAAAGAUUAUUUUUCAACAAUACCUGAUGAGAAUAAGAAUGAUUGAGAAUCUCACUUUGCAAUCAAGAACAAGUUCCUGUCGUUUGGAUAGUCAGGUGUAAUUUUAUAACUAGGUAAUCUAGCUAUGUGAAACAGUCGCUAGGUAUCUUCAUGAAAGGUUUCUUGUGUAUUUGGGAUGCAGGAAGGAUAACAGGGAUAAUCUGAUGCUUCUAAUAAAAAUGAUGGUGAUGAUGAUGAUGAUAAUUGAUGAUGAUGAUUAUUGAUGAUGAUGAUUAUUGAUGAUGAUGAUCAGGGGUGGAUCCAGCUUUUUAUAAAGGGGGGGGGUUGGGGUGGUAUGCGAGGGAGCGUAGCGACCGAGUCCAAGCGAGCAGAGCGAGCAAGGGGGGAGGGGGGUGUCCCCCCUCCCACAGUAGGGAAAAUUUUUGAAAAAUAAAUACAUAGAAAUAGAAUAAAAUAAAAUUACAAGUUUAAAAAAAAAGAUAAGAUUUAAAAAAAUGGUCCCCGGAUUUUUUUUAGAUCCACUUCUGAUGAUGAUGAUGGUGAUGGUAAUGUUAAAAUGGUGAUAGUGAUAAAGAGUUUAUGGUGGUAGUGAUGAUGGUAAUGGUUAUAAGAUGAUGGUAAUGCUAGUAAUGAUAAGAUUAUGUUGGUUAUUAUUAACUUCCUGAUUAAGAUGGUGAAGAUAAUGAAAUGGUAUUGGUGAUUAUGAGAUAGUUUGGGUUUAUCAUAGCGGUGUGAUUAUGAUGUUGAUAAUGGGGAUAUGAUUAGACUAUAUUGGCAAUAAUGGUGUGAAUUUGGUUAUAUAUCUACUUUGAAAAGAUGGCUAUAAUAUUAUAAUUGUUGAUAAAUUAAUUUUGUUGAUGAUAUGUUUAUGAAGAUCAUGUGAUGGUAUAACUAAGAAACU